CACAACAAUCACCCAAAACAAUAUCUUUCGGGUGGUGAUGCACAAACAUUUCCUGUUUAUCAUAUACGCAAACAUCAUCCUCUCUUCUUUCCAACUCGUAUAAAUCACUGACAACAAAGAAGCAUAUCCUGCUUCCUCGGGCUUGUUGCCCCCUGCGCUCGCCCAGCACGCGUCGAGGUGAUUCUCUGCAAACUUACCCUUGUUUUUCUCUUCACCUCUUCAUCUUUGAGCUUCACAAACUCCCUCUGCAAUCAUCAUUUGCUCCCACAUUCCAAACAUUUAUUCCCCUGCCCUUCUUGUUUCCCUAUCACAAAGUUACACUCCGCUGCACUACAGCAAUCAUGGGAGGCAAGGCCUUCGCUCAUGCGGAUCCUCCUUUGGAGACUCCUCGUAUGUCUCACGGGGUGUAUCUAGAGGUCAAAAACACGGUCAUUCGACGGCUAAGUGAGAAAUUUAAAUGGAUUAAUGUUCCUAUGGAAGGCCCUGGCAAGAAAGACCACGGCGACGUCGACGUCCUCGUCUCUGACAUGAAAGGCAUCGAUAUCUUCAAGGAGAGUGUCCUUGAUGCUAUCUCUGACGCCCUCGGCGCCGAAUCCAGAAUCGUCGAAGGUGGCUCUAGUCACUUCGCUGCUCACUUCGCUAUCCCAUGGCCCGAGCAUAUCCCUCUUCCUCAGACACAGGGACAGACAGCUCUUCUUCCGCCGAUUGUGUCCAUCACGCCUCCGUCACCUCCAGGCCCUUCUGCUCGUUCCUCUCUUACCAUCACUCCUGGAAACUUGUUCAAGCCCUCUGGCGAUACUCCUACAGUUCCUACUCCCAGCACUACCACUGGCAAACCUCCCAUUGACUCAACUUUACCUUCUCCCUUCGGCCCACACCCUAAUCCCCUCGGCUCAAACCCCGCUCUCUACAUCAAGGAAGAUGCUGGUCCUGACGCAGAGCCAAGUGCCGCGGAGGACUCAAAGUCAAAGGAACAAACCGACGCUACAGUUGGGGAUUCACAGACCAAGCUCUCAUCCAGCGAAUCUGAUGGCGUUAGUAUCACCUCUUCAGAGCGUAGUCAAGCAUCUGCUGCAACGGCUCCUGUGACUGGCAGAUGGGGAACCAUUGCUUAUAUCAAGAGAAAAAUGAAAACCGGCGGUUCGUCUUCUCGCUCCUUCUCAUUGUCUACAAUGUUCAAACGUGGCCAGUCGGGCCGAGAUUCUGUUGCAUCAAACUCUACUCGCGGAACUCUUGAAAAGAUCAACAGUUCCUUUUCAGAGCCUGGUGCUACCCUUCCAGCUGUAACUGGAACUGGACAUUUCAGAAUCAAGAGAAAGACUGUUCCCAAGUCGAUCCUGACUGAUAACCCUUUCCAAGAUCCCCUUCCUGUGGGCCCUGUCCACGAUAACCAAUUCCGAGAUCCUCCCCGCGUCUUCAUCCAGGUUGACGUCCGCUACUGUCUUUCGAAGAAGCAAGCUAAGUACUUGCGCUUCUUUCAGUCACACGGCGACUUGUGGCAAAUCCUGGGAUCCAUCAUUCGUCCCUUUGGUCUUACCGUGGACGACAAAGGUCUUCACAUCCGGGUGCCAGAAGGCGAACUCAUCAACCGUAAGAAAGCUAAGGUCCUACUUACGAGCAAGCCCGAUGAGAUCCUGAUGUUCCUUGGACUCCCCGUUGCUGAAUACUGGCGUCCCUUUGCCACCACCGAGGCUAUGUUUGAAUACAUCAUCAAAUGUCCCAUGUUCUCUUUGCCUCGCUACAGUACCUUCGAGGAAGAGAUGGGUCUCGGCACUGCUAAUGACCGUCGCCGCAUGUCCUCGCGCCCUGUCUAUCGAGAAUGGGUCCAGGAGUUCAAGCCUCGCCUCCGAGAGAAGGGUCUUUAUUCCGAGACCUCGUUGACCUGUGACGGAAUCAGGGAGAAGGCUUUCAAUACUUUCCCGAUAGAAUCUGAGUACCACUCCCGAGCCCAAGCAUUCAUCCGGGAGCAACAACGACUUGCCAUCAGGAAGUACAUCAAGUCUCAGGUCGCCGCGCCGGAGAAGGACGACAAAAAGGGGUGGCAAAGACGAUCCAAGACAAUUAAGGCCAUGUCCGCCAUCGUCAUUGACCGCAUCGAUGCUUCCGAGUUCGGAAUCUCUGCUCCGUCCUCCCUCUUCCGGGGAAACGGCACUUGGGACAUGCAACGCACCGAGGACUUCAUCCGUACCAAGGUGCACUACGUUGACUGCUUCGCCAACAUGAGCGAGGCAGACAAGGAGAGGUUGAGAUCAGCAUCAGCCAAGAGGCAAGAGCAGCGUGGCUAGGGUCCUCGUCGCCGAACUCUCAACGAUGUCCCUGAGCUCCAGUCAGAGGAGCCUGAGCCACUCCCGGACCAGCUCCCUCUGAGACUGGCUCAACUCAACCUCGACAACAGCAAGUAGACUGGCUUGCCAACCUUAUCCAACCCUCAAGACCACCGCGUCUUGAGGCUAAUCACAUAAAUUUUGUCCAAGUUUUCAAAGUCCCUCAUAUUUCGCAAUUUUCCACGGUAGUCGAAGCAUCGACUACAGAUGCGACGCACGUAAUCUAACUUUUCUUGGAGCAGUCGAAGGUCAGACUGCUAUUUUUUGGGUGGGUGGAGGACGGCCUAUAGAGGCGGAAAGUGUAUAUACCAUUUGCUUAGACCUGUGUAUUUUUUUGUACCAUAAUCCAUUA